UACUCUUUAACUUCUUCCACGAUUCAGAUUCGAGUUUCGGAGAAGCUCUCUAUCUAUCUAUAUGUCCUCCUUAUCGUCACAGAAUAGAGAUCCUUCACUACUUUGUCUUCUUCGUUCCCGGUCGCGAUCAACUCGUUUGCGAUCUUCAGAUUAUGUAGGGAUUCGAACCAGCUCUAUGGAUCAGGCGGAACUGUCUACGGAGCAGGUAUUGCAAAGGGACAUUCCAUGGGAGACUUACAUGACAACUAAGCUGAUUUCAGCUACAGAUCUCCAGCUCCUAAGGCGCUACGAUAAAAAAACUGAGAGUGCAAGGGCACAGUUGCUGGAUGAAGAUGGUCGAGCUUAUGUUCAGCUGUUCGUUACCAUCUUACGUGAUAUAUUUAAAGAAGAAACCGUGGAAUAUGUUUUGGCUUUGAUUUAUGAAAUGCUCUCAGCAAACCCAGCACGAGCUCGGUUAUUCCAUGAUCAAUCUUUGGCACAUGAGGAUACUUACGAGCCUUUGUUGAGGUUGCUGUCGAAGGGCAAUUGGUUCAUUCAAGAAAAAAGCUGCAAGAUCUUUGCCUGGAUAAUAAGGUAUAGUUAUAGGCCAAAAGCUGGUGUUAUUGCAAAUGGAGAAGCUUCGGGUUCUAAGAAACAUAUUACUACAAUUGAUGAUUUACUCAGUGGAUUGGUGGAGUGGCUUUGUGCUCAGCUGAGGCAGCCUUCUCAUCCUACUCGUGGAGCUCCAGUUGCAAUCAGCUGCCUGUCCACACUGCUUAAGGAACUUGUUGUGAGAUCUUCAUUUGUUCAGGCAGAUGGGGUGAAGUUACUUGUCCCUUUAAUCUCCCCAACAUCCACUCAGCAGUUUAUCCAGCUACUCUACGAAACAUGUCUCUGCAUUUGGCUUUUGUCCUAUUAUGAACCCGGGAUAGAGUACUUGGCAACAUCUAGGACAAUGCAAAGGCUCACGGAAGUGGUCAAGAGCUCGACUAAGGAAAAGGUUGUGAGGGUAGUCAUAUUGACAUUCAGGAACUUGCUUCCAAAAGGUACAUUUGGUGCCCAGAUGGUUGAUCUUGGACUCCCACAUAUCAUCCACAGUCUAAAAACACAAGCAUGGAGUGACGAGGAUUUGCUGGACGCACUGAUACAACUAGAGGAAGGUCUAAAAGACAAGAUCAGGAAGCUGAGUUCCUUUGACAAAUAUAAGCAAGAGGUUCUUCUUGGCCAUCUUGACUGGAACCCAAUGCACAAAGAGGCCAACUUCUGGCGUGAGAAUGUCACUAGCUUUGAAGAAAAUGACUUCCAGAUACUGAGGGUCCUCCUCACAAUCCUGGACACGUCAAGUGAUCCAAGAUCAUUGGCGGUGGCGUGCUAUGAUCUCUCGCAGUUCAUACAGUACCAUGCAGCGGGGAGAGUGAUCGUAACAGACCUCAAGGCGAAAGAGCGAGUGAUGAAACUGAUGGCUCAUGAGAACGUUGAGGUGACCAAGAACGCUCUCUUGUGCAUUCAGAGGCUUCUCCUGGGUGCCAAGUACGCUAGCUUCUUACAAGUUUGAUGGGUGUCUUUCCAUGUUUUCUUUCUGUAUAAUGGGACGUAACCAAAACACAAAGUCUGUGCUUCAUUUUUAGUCAUGUGGAUUUGUUGUUCACACCAAACAAAACCUGCUUCUACACUUCCAAGACCAUUUCUUUUAUUAUUUGUCCUGGAAAAACCUGCUCUUGUAUGCUUAAAUAAUUGAUUUCUGCGAUGUGAUUUAUUUAUUCAAUAAAAAGAGUCUGAGGAA